AUUCCUUCCGUACAUUCCGUAACCCUUCGUGUAUCAUCUUAAAGCCUAAACCCCGUUUUGCUCUUAAUUUCAAACGGAUAAUGCAUUUGAGCGGCAGUUUAUUAAACUCACAGAGUAAAACAACUAAAACUAACCCUCCCUUGGGCAAUCCAUUUAGGUUAUCAACCAGAUCCAAUUCCAAAAUGCCGCCUCUCCAAUCAUCUUCCUCCUCCCCCUCCUUCUCGCUGUUCGAUCCAUUUGCAUCUUCUUCACUUCUUCGGUCUCUGGUUGUUCUGAUAUUUAGGGCAUACAUUGAUCUCGAGACGAAGUUGUAAUGGCUGAGAACUUUUGAUUUUACGGCAUUCUAGGGUUUAAAGAUGUCUGUUGCGGAGUUGAAUGAGCGGCAGAUUGCUGCCACCGCCACCUUGAAUGCUCUCAAAGAACGUUUGAAGCAGAAACGGCGUCUUCUUCUCGAUACUGAUGUUUCUGGGUAUGCAAGGUCUCAGGGACGAUCGGCUGUUAGAUUGGGCCCCACGGAUCUUGUCUGCUGUAGGACUUUGCAAGGACACACCGCGAAGGUGUAUUCGUUAGACUGGACUAUUGAAAGGAAUCGAAUUGUCAGUGCAUCUCAAGAUGGGAGGUUAAUUGUGUGGAAUGCUUUAACAAGCCAGAAAACUCAUGCUAUUAAGCUGUCUUGUGCAUGGGUCAUGACAUGUGCCUUCUCUCCAAGUGGUCACUCUGUCGCAUGUGGUGGGCUUGAUAGUAUGUGCUCUAUCUUCAAUCUAAACUCUCCCAGCGACAAGGAUGGGCACCUACCAGUAUCAAGGAUGCUCAGUGGGCAUAAGGGUUAUGUAUCCUCAUGUCAGUUUGUUCCUGAUGAGGACACUCACUUAAUAACCAGUUCUGGUGAUCAGACAUGUGUUUUGUGGGACAUCACUACAGGCCAGAGAAUUUCCAUCUUUGGAGGUGAAUUUCCAUCGGGGCACGCAGCUGAUGUUUUGAGUGUAUCAGUAAGUGGAUCGAACUCAAAGAUGUUUGUCUCUGGUUCAUGUGAUGCGACCGCCCGAUUAUGGGAUACUCGCAUUGCAAGUCGAGCAGUCCGAACAUAUCAUGGCCAUGCAGGAGAUGUUAACACGGUUAAAAUUUUCCCAGACGGCCAGAGAUUUGGGACAGGUUCCGAUGAUGGGACAUGUAGGUUAUUUGACAUGAGGACUGGACAUGAGCUCCAAGUGUACCGGCAGCAGCAUGGUAAUAAUGAUGUUCCUCUUGUGACCUCCAUUGCCUUCUCAAUAUCAGGGAACCUUCUAUUUGCUGGUUACUCGAAUGGUGACUGCUACAUAUGGGAUACCCUAAUGGCAAAGGUGGUUCUGAACUUGGGAUCUCUGCAAAACUCUCAUGAUGGCCGGAUCACAUGUUUAGGAUUGUCAGCUGAUGGAAGUGCCUUAUGCACAGGAAGUUGGGACAGAAACCUGAAGAUAUGGGCUUUUGGAGGGCAUAGGAGAGUAAAAUGAAUUAUUUAGAAGGCGGUCUUCUGCUCAUCUCCCAGUCAUUAUUUUCAUCCUUCUGAUGCAUGGUUUGACAAGAGGACCUUCUACCGUCCCGUUUGGUGUAGUCUUUGAAAAGCCAUAGUUGCUCAGGACACUUUCUUCUUGUAAUGCCUUAAACGAGAGACAAUGGAACACAGAGAAAUUGGAGUCUUUCACAAGUUUGAACUGUUGUGGGCAAUCUUUCUUCUUCUCUCUCUCUCUCUCAAGCUGAAAAUGACCUUGUUUUGAAUAAUUUUUCCCUGUGGGAACAGAGUUUUCUCGCAUUGGGGUUUGUGAGUUGUGUUUGGCAGGACCGAUGGAAGGAUGUAUGUAAUUUGUGAAAGUACCAAAUGCCAGAGGCAGCUGUUUCAAAUAUUUACUCCGGCAGUAGCUUGUAAAAUACCACAUCAUUCUAAUCCUAAAGUUAAUUGGUUAACAUCA